AUGGUUUGCAAAGAGGACGUGGUAUCAUGGUUUAAAGAAUUAGAAAGCUAUAAACGCAUAGACGCAAUGUGUACAUUGUUAAACAUGUGCUUACCAUUCGAACUACGCUUUAUUGGCACGUAUUUAGAAGAGCUCGGUAAGCGGGACUUUCAGGAGUUGCGUGGUGCCGAACUUAGAGCCAACAAUCCUACAGAUCUAGCUGCGGACAUCGGCGGCGCUAACACAGAUCCAAGAACACGGCGAAAAAUGGCCUUAUAUGUUUCAUUGUUACGUUCCUGUAAUUUUGCUUGUGCCACUACAUUGUAUAAUGCUAUGGUCAGUUUAGAGCAAAGUGGCUUAAUAAAGGGUUUGUAUGGCGAUCUUUUGGAAGAGAUUUUAUUAUUGUAUACCAUGGCAUUACAUCAUCCUGCCUUUACUUUCGACCAGAAAUCACAUUUUGGUGAAAUAUUAGAUAAGUUGAAGCUUGAAAAUCAACGGAUACACUACCAAGAACAGCAAGAUCAUAUUAACGUACCACCUGUGAGUGGAUGCCAUAAUCAAUCAAGUAUCACACCUAAUAUGUCAGUUCCACCACCUAAUUUGUCUAGCUUGGGGCCACCGCCUGGUAUCAUGUUUGUUAAAACACCCGGGGUACAGCCUACAAGUACAGAUACUGUUGCCGACCUCAGCUCCCCUCCAGUAUUAAGUGGAGCUGGUGGUGUAGUACCAAUGCUUGGGGAAGUGUCUCACCCACCUCCUGGAUUACCACUGCCACAAUACAACAUGGGAGAAUUUAUAGGACAACAUACAUGGCCUGCUAACAUUAUUGUUUCACCACUCAACCAACCUAUCGAGGUCAUUAAUUAUCCAACUGGUGUAGGAGCGCCACAAUCACCACUAGUAUCAUCUCCAGGUGGUAGCAGAGCAGGAUCACCGAGAGCUCGUCGGCGUCUUUCACGAGAACGCUCACCACCCUUACCAGCACUGCCAACGAGUGUCUCUGAGCAAUCACCUUUGUCACACCUUACCACCAACUUUGAAAAUCUAACAGUAGCAGAGGUAUUAUAUAUUACAUUAUUACUUACAUUAGAAACAUCUGAAGUGUAA